UGCAAAAGAUGGUACUACUUGGCGUAGCGAGCCUUACGCCACUGGUCGGUUGAGGAGAGAAAAUGUUAUCAAUUUGCGCCCAGGUUGGUAACAAUUGUUUACCAAAUUGUUGUAGAAUUAUGAUACUUGGUUUUUAGGUGUAACAAGAUUUGCAUCAAGCCGGGUAAAUAACAUUCGGGAUUCAUUUCUGCUACUUUUUCCAUCUUCACUAUCAAAAAUUAUAAUUGAAAAUUCGAACAACUACGGAAAGUAUUUACAUGGAUCCAACCACCUAGAAAUUGACGAGGAAUUAUUUCAUGCCUACUUAGGCAUAUUAUUACUGGCCGGUGUGUAUAAAUCCAAAAAUGAAACUUUGCAUGAUUUGUUCGGGGAAUACUGUGGACGCCCUAUAUUUCGGUCAAUAAUGUCUGAGAGAACAUUUUUAUAUAUCCACAAAAUCAUUCGUUUUGAUGAUGUGCUCACCCGACGUGGCCAAAGAAAUGAUGACAAAUUCGCACCAAUCAGAAACCUUUGGGAAAAGUGGUCUGAACAGCUCCCUAUAUUCUACAAUCCUAAUGAUUGCGUUAAUGUGGAUGAACAAUUAUUGGGAUUUCAUGGCCGUUGUAAAUUUCGCCAGUAUAUUCCAUCGAAACCCAAGAGAUACGGUUUGAAAUUUUGGCUACUUGUUGAUUCACGCACGUGCUAUGUAUGGAAAAUACAACCAUACUUGGGGAAAGGCGUAACCGGAAACACUGAGAGGAAUCAAGGAGAACGAGUCGUUCUGGAUUUAGUUGAUGGGUUGAAAGGACAUAAUGUCACCAUGGACAACUUUUUUUCAUCUCACAGCCUUGGCCAAAAAUUAUUACAAAAGCAAAUGUCAAUGGUUGGAACUAUGCGCAAAAAUAAAAGGUCAAUUCCUCCAAAGCUACUGAAUUGCAAGAAAGUUCCACGAUAUGAAUCAACUUUUGCUUUCACUCCUGAUACCACUCUUGUUUCGUAUAUCAGUCAUAAGAACAAAUGUACAGUUGUUAUGAGCACAUUGCAUCACGCACCUAAUAUUGAGAAUGAGUCGAAAAAGUUGCCCGAAAUCAUCUCUUUUUAUAACUCAACGAAGGGAGGCGUGGACACGGUUGACAAAAUGUUGAGUUGUUACUCUUGCAAACGUAAAAAUAAUCGUUGGACUAUGGCGGUAUUUUCCAACAUAAUCGAUAUUUCUGCUUUGAAUUCGUAUAUUUUGUAUAACGAUAUUGAUCCGAAUUGGAAGCAAACUCAAAAGCACACAAAACGUAAAUGUUUCCUGCAUGAGUUAGCAAUUUCAUUGGCAAAGCCCUAUAUGGAAAAACGAAAAAAGGCCCAAGGAACGAAUUAUCUUUGGCACUGCUUUCCAAAUUGUCAUCCCAGAAUAUUUCUGACACUAGUGAUAAUGAUGCUGGCCCAUCAAAAAAACACAAGAAUGAAAAGUCUCCGAAAAAAAACCGCGCAAGGUGUCAAAAAUGCUAUCAUUCUGGAGAACAUAAAAAUAAGUGGACAUCGUCAUUCUGCUUCUUAUGUAAAAAGCCGUGCUGCAACGACAGACAUGCCCAAAAUAUUUGCAUAGAUUGCAUUCAUAACACAUAAACAUGUAAUUAUUUUAAUUAUAUUUGCCUGAAAUUUAUCAAUAAAAGUAAAUGAAUUAAAACUUUAAAGUAAUAACUACUUUUUUCCUAUGAACUGUAGUAUGUAUCAAAAUCGAUACAUAGCUGGAAUUAUGAAGUUUUUUUAAAGCUCGAUCUACGGUUAAAAAUAAAAAUAAGGCGUUUCCGAGGCCUUAAAACAGUUUAAAAAAAAAAAAAAAAAACAGAGAAGAAAAACAUCACCAUGGCAACUGUUAACAGCCAUGGCAACUGUUAAGGCCAUUCAACGGAAGUGAUGGUUACGACCUAUCCUCAUUUAUAAGAGAAGUAGAUGCCAUACUCCGCCUCUUUAACGUUAACCCGUCGUUAAAGGAAUUCGUUAUUCAACGCUACGUACUAACGACGUAAAGGAGGAACUCAUCCGGAACUUUGGGGUAAAGGAGAGCUACAGGAGUCUGUACCACCAGGCCAUCAACGUUAAGCACUACAAUUUUGCCGUGUUGCAGUCAGUAGUGCGGUCCUUUUACUAACUGGGUUGCAUUAACCAUGCUGCGCCUCCGAUCCUUGCUGUUACGUCUAGCGACAGAAGCGGAAUUCCUGCAUGUCUCUUUGAGGCUGGAGAUGGAUGGCUGUACGGCUCCUGCUUGAAGAGAGCUUCUCUUUGCCCUUUAGGGAUUUACCGUGCUGAAGGUGCCUAAGGUUCGGAGUGGAACCCCCCUACGAGGAUCAUCAGUAUGCAAAAGAAUGUUAAACAAGCUUCAAAUGAAUAAAUAGACUGCGACCUCUAAAAUUUAAUUAAUUUGUGUCUAGUGCAAGUAGCAUCGUAAAAGGCUAACACUUUUAGUUGAAUUUUCUUUUUUAAAAAAUGGAAUUUAAGUAGAAAAUAAAUAAAAAAUAUUCCUAUUAAUUAUACAUACAUACAUUACAUUACAUUUUUAUACAUUAUUGCUAAUCUUUCAAAAAAUUUCAUGUCGUUAGCCAGCAGCUGCUGUGGAAAUGACCAAAACACGUUGGGUGGCAAGGAAGUCAAAUCACCACGUUCUGUGUGAGUCUCUGGAAACACUUGCAACAGCAUUUUGCGUAUAACGAGGCAUUUAUUUACUGUACUGCUAUACGUAUUGGCUGUAGAGACUCCAUAUUGUUUACGGGGCAUCUCGACAGCCAAAAAUUUAUUAGAGGGAUUCUCUUGCUCUUGCAAAAACGGUGCGCGAAUUGCAGAAUUUUCCUCUUGGUGCAACGGCACAACGACAAAAACACGCAUAAAAUUAUUUGCAAUGGCUGUAAAAUAUGUCAGACCAAAACCUAUGUUUAAUUUCGUGCAAUGACACGUACUUACCUAAUUAUAUAUUUUGACGCUAAAUUGUUGAGGAAAGUAAAUUUUAAAUAGAUUUUAUAAUUACUUUUUAAAUGAUAAUGAUUUGUUACAGUUUGAAUGCAGAAGGUGCGCCAAUUCACAAUAGCCAUGCACAAUACUCAUUUACAAUAAGUUGAGCCGUUCACAUAUCACUAGAUUCUGCAAUGGGUGUAUUUCUUAUGGUACACAAUAUAUGGAAUACUAAUUAGUAUGCCAUAUCGAAAGCAAUGAACUGUCACUUCAGCAGUUUGUCAGAUCAGUUUUCAUUUAUGAAUAUUUCGAAGAGGCAGCACAUCUCAUUUACACGGCAGCUUCAUUUCGGUAAUAAUAAAUUUAGUAGAGCGAGUAUUAAGACGGUUGUGUUAAAUUAUAAAAAUAAAGUAUAUUUUCAAAAUUAUUUAAUGCAUUUUUCCAAAAAAUUAAUAUUUAGUUUAAUAUUGUUAAUUUGCAGAAAAACUAUAUAAAAUGGAUUGGCGAUUGGGCGAAGUCUUAAAUUACUUUUAAUAAAACUUAUAUACAUAAGCAUAAAUCAAAGUACCAUGCUCACAUUAAUAUUUUAAUGGGUAUAUCAAAUUUAUACUACAAUUAUUAUGGUGCGAAAAUAUGAAAUCGUUUUUUUUCAAGAAAUACAUUUGUAGAAAAGAGUAUAUUUCUCAUCUCUUUUUUUUAAAUUACAUAUAAAAAUUUAAACAGUUCAAGACCUCAAAACAUGCGCUACAUCAGCUCGAACCGACCUACCUGGCGCCUUUUCGCAAAUGAUUAUGUUAUGAUAACAAAUCCUCACAUACAGAUUUGGCAACGGCAAUGGCAAUAGAUUUGACAGUUAGUAUACAAUAAAUUUUUGCCUGUCGAGAUGUCCCGUAAAGGCCUAACUAUAAUAUGCAAACCUUCCGUAUAUUACUGUCAAAAAAUUAACGAAAAGGCUGUCAAUGCAUAAGGAACGGAGAGUAGACUUUUGAAUGACUAUAAUUGUUAUUACCUCAAUAUAGUUUCUAACAAUCCUUACCGCUGGUGGGGGGCAAUAAUAGACUUUUAUUCAGUGAGAACUUAUUCAUUCUGAUUUUAUUUUGUAUUUGCCUUGCUUAUAUACAAAUUUUAAAACUAUCUUAAAUCUAUAUAAAUAAAAAUGAAUUGUUGUUCGUUAGUCUGAUUAAAACUCGAGAACGGCUGGGCCGAUUGAGCUGAUUUUGGUUUUAAAAUGUUUGUCGUAGUCCAGGGUAGGUCUAAACGGUGAGCAAAUAACGAAAAAUUGCGAGUAAGAUAGAGUAAGACGACAAUUCCAUUUUCCCAUAUAAAAGUUGACCAAACUGUAUGUACGCUCAUAACUUUCAUACGACUGAACCAAAUUUGAUAAUUCUUUUUUUAAAAUGUUCGUUGAAGUUCAAGGAUGGUUUUUACGAUUCA